AUGGCCGUCGCAUCAAUCCAGGACCGCACCUCGGAGUUCAAGUCGGUCCUCGCCCAGGCGCAGCGUCGCCAGGCUUCCAACAAAGUCGGCGCGCAGCGCCGGUCUCUUCUGACGGACCAGCAGAAGGCCGCCGCCAACGGCGAUGGACGACCCAGGAGGUCGGACUUUGCCCGCCAAGCGGCGCAAAUCGGCAGGAGCAUCACAGGCACCAUGGGAAAACUGGAAAAGCUGGCGACACUCGCCCGCCGACGAACCCUCUUCGACGACAGGCCUGUCGAAAUCAACGAGUUGACGUUCAUCAUCAAGCAAGACUUGUCCUCCAUCAACCAGCAGAUCUCGCAGCUCCAAGCGCUGACAAGGAACCAACACCCAAAGGCCGACCAGGAGGGCGAGCACAACAAGAACGUCGUGUUUCUUCUGCAGGGCAAGCUCACGGAUGUGUCGGCAAACUUCAAAGAUGUGCUGGAGGAGCGUACGAAGAACAUACAGGCAUCGCGGUCGAGGACAGACAACUUCAUCUCGUCUGUUGGGCAGCACACGCAGCCGCCCAUUCAGCAAUCGGCAUCGCCGCUCUAUGGCACGCCAAACAGAGGAACGCCGUCUCCGGGAGCUGACCUCCUGUCGCUGAACCCCGCGAGUGACCAGCAGUUGCUCAUGAUGGAAGAGGCGCAGCCGCAGAACAGCUACAUCAACCAGAGAGGCGAGGCUAUUGAGGCUAUUGAGAAGACCAUCGGCGAGCUGGGCAGCAUCUUUGGACAGCUGGCGACGAUGGUAUCGGAACAGAGCGAGAUGAUCCAGAGAAUUGACGCCAACACGGAAGACGUCGUCGACAAUGUCGAGGGCGCGCAAAAAGAGCUGCUCAAGUAUUGGGGACGAGUAUCGAGCAAUCGCUGGCUCGUCGCAAAAAUGUUCGGCGGGCUCAUGAUUUUUUCCCUGUAA